UACAUUCCUAUUAUUCCAAUAUAUCCGCGAAGAUACUAAUAUAAAAAAAAAGCAGAAUUACAUCCAAUAGUUUGAACGAAAACAAUUUAAUGCGGAAUAGCAACAGCAUGGCAGCUGACGAUGUAGAAUCUCCACAACUGGACUAUUUACAUCCUGAAAUCUUUUCUCGAGAGAUGCUCAUGCACAUUUUGACACAAAGAGGGCUGCAGCUGAAUCAGUUUGAAGAUAAAGUUACUCUUGUCGACAUGUAUUAUAAGCAUGUGAUUCCCCUUCCACAGAGAAGAUACAGACCGAACAGGAGGGGGAAGUUGAUGGUUAAAAAGCAGCAGCUAAAGAGAAAGUUAACUACCCCAGUUGGUGCAGUAGAUGCCAAAAAGAGCAGAUUAACUGAAGAAUCAUCACAUACUACAAUGGCUUCCACACUGACAAAAUCUACAGAGACACGCCUCAAACCGCCUCCAUCAUUAAUCAGCACAGACAAGAAAACAAUUAAAUUGAAUAAACAUACAUCAAGUGAAUUAAGCAAUAUUCAUAUCAAGACUAUUGAUAGGAAGAAACAUGAACAGAAAGCCACAGUGAACACAGAUGAAGUUAAUAAAGAAGUCCACAAAACAAGUACUGUGCUAGAAACAUUGAAAGUUAAUGAUUCAGAUGGAGGUCACACUGUAAAAAAAGUAAAAAUUAGGAGGACUACCAGUGAAAGCAAUGACAACAGUAUAAAACUUGUGGAAAAAGAAAGACUCAAGAGUACUAGUCUGGACUGUACACCCAUGGUUCAUAAAGAAAAGUCUGUGAGACACGAUAAGUGUCAACAAUCCAAGAGAGACAAAACAUUUGAUAGUGAAGAGGUGACUGUCAACAAUGCAAGCAGUGGUCAAAAAGAAGAAACUAUUAAAUCCAAAUUUAAGAAAAUUACGAUAUCUUGGCCAUAGACCAUAUUUUUAGCAUGUGAAUUAUUUAAUUUGUAACUGAUCUAUCGGUGCAAAUUUAGAUACUUGUAUCAUACCAGUUAUGACAAGAAUAUACUGACCUUGUCAUGCCUUUGUGAUUACAAUGUCAGUUGUUUUUGGAGAAAUAUAAAUUUUACCUACAAAUAUUCUACUUCAGAGACAUAUUUUGAUGACCUGUAGGGGGUUUAUUCAAUUUUGUAUAACAGAUAUGAAUAAAACAUUCUACAACCAGCUGGGAGAGCAAGAGAUUUUGUGGAUACCUCAGAUACUAUGUUUGCAGCUCUGUGCUCGUGAUUAUGGCCACACACAACUUUGCUUCCAGUCUCCAGGACAGUAAGGAUGUUUACUUCCAAAUUUACUUUGAAGAUUUCUGUCACCUGAAUUUAACUUAAAUUAUUACUUUUUUUUUCAGUCAGUGCACUUUUUUCAGUCAGAUUAGGCCACUUUCUGUGUUCCUAAAUUAAAAGUUUGCAGUUUGUCAUGUUUAUUUAGCAAGUGUUGUUGAUAUUUGGCGAUAAUAACAAUGUAAUGGAUGCAAAAAAGUAUUAAAAGGCUUUUUAUAUAACU